AUUGAAUUACGUGAUUUAUCAGUAACGAGCCAGAAAGUUUGGGAAUAUUUUCUUGAUGAGAAAAAGAGCAAUUGGCGCGUGGUGCGUCUGAGGCCUGCUGAUGACACAUCUCUGACUGGACAGUUUAUGGUUGUUUCAGAACACGACAAGAUUGUUUCAACUGUACCACCCUUUUUAGAACGAUUGGAUGUUGCUGUAGCGUUCAGAAAGCCGUAUUUUUUCUAG